AUGGCUGCUCCACCUCCUUUAAAUGGCAUUCGGGUCGUAGAGCUGGCCGGUCUAGCUCCAGGCCCCUUCGCCGGUCUCCUUCUCGCCGACUAUGGCGCAUCAGUCCUUCGAAUCGACCGGCCAUCCGCAGUCAGUGGAGAUCAACUCACUCGUCGCAAGACCUCUAUAACGCUCGACCUGCGCGAGACGAAAUCACGAGAAAUUCUUCUCCGCAUUCUGACCGCCACCGAUGUCCUUAUCGACCCCUUCCGGCCGGGUGUCCUCGAGCGUCUUGGUCUCUCGCCAACAGAGGUUCUUCUCAAGCAUAACCCGCGCCUAAUUGUGGCGCGUAUGACGGGGUUCCGGCGCGAUGGGAAAUAUAAGGAUAUGGCCGGUCACGAUAUCAAUUACAUUGCCGUAUCGGGCGUCCUCUCCAUGCUUGGCCGGGCAGGCGAUAAACCCUAUGCACCGGGCAACAUUCUCGGUGAUUUUGCCGGAGGUGGUGCGAUUUGUUUUCUAGGCAUUAUUCUCGCUCUGAUUGCUCGUACCAGCACUGGCCGCGGACAAGUCGUGGAAGCUAACAUGGUCGAUGGAUCCGCCUAUCUCGCAACAUUCCCUCGACUCGCUACUAAAAACCCGUCAUGGGGUGAACCACGCGGCGAAAACUUAUUAGACAGUGGCUGUCCUUACUACGAUACCUACGAGACUAAAGAUGCCGGGAAAUACUUUGCCGUCGGCGCACUCGAACCGCAAUUCUACGCAGCCCUGCUGCGUGGACUAGAACUCGACCCCAAGAAGAUGCCAGCACGCGAAGACCGCGACAACUGGCCCGCACUCCGCAACAUUUUCACUCGUCGCUUCAAGGAAAAGACGCGCGCCGAGUGGGAGGCCGUUUUCGACGGCACUGAUGCCUGCGCCACACCUGUCCUGGAGCAUUGCGAGCUGGAGUCGGCGGGGUACGAGCAACGUCCCGCUGUCCACUUAUCCCGCACGCCGGGCUAUCCCAUCAAGGCUGAUGAAGGCGGGUGGACUGGCGGGGGACUUGAGCCUGGUGAGGGAGGGGUGGAGACGUUGAGGUCGUGGAUGGGAUGGGAGCCUAAUAAGGAUUUCCAGGUGCGGAAAGAUGGUGCGUUGGUAUCCGUGGAUGGAAGGGCGAAGCUGUGA